AUGUAUAUAUAUCCAAGUACUGUCAACCGCCAACAUUGCACAAAAAAAAAAAAAAAAAAAAAAACAAUCACACAUUUCUUCUCAUAUAAUAUGGAGAAUCAGAAGGGUAAAACUAACUUCACGUUUUAUAAAAAGAAUAAAAGUAAUGAUUGUGAAACUACAUAUAAAUCUGAAGAAAAAAAAAAUAAAAAAAAUGUAGAGAAGAAUUAUAAAGUGGUUGAAACAUAUAAAAGUUCCUUUAAAGUUCAGGAAGAAAAUGUAAAUGUAAACAACAAUUAUUUUCUUAGAUCUAUAAAUAAUGUAGACAAAAAUUACAACGUAAUAUAUAAAAAAUGUUCUAAUUCUAUUGGGGGAGCUACGGUUGUAACAAAUUCAUCGGAAUUACAUGCAAAUGAUGAAGCAGAUCAUAUAGGAACAGAUUCGAAUAUAUUAGGACAUAAAAAGAAGAAAGUUCAUCAAAUGGUCAAGGUGAAGAUGAAGCAAGAUCCUAAGGAGGGACAAGACCACAUCACUUAUAAAAAUAAGAAAAAAAGUAACAUGAACGAAAUGAACAAUAAUGAUGAUAAUAAUAAUGAUAAUAAUAAUGAUAAUAAUAAUAAUGAUAAUAAUGAUGAUAAUAAUGAUGAUAAUAAUAAUGAUAAUAAUGAUGAUAAUAAUAAUGAUAAUAAUAAUGAUAAUAAUAAUAAUAAUGAUAAUAAUAAUAAUAAUAAUAAUAAUAAUGAUAGUAAUAAUAAUUGUAAUAAUAAUAAUGAUUAUUCUUCAUAUUAUUAUAAUAGUGAUGUGGAUGUAGAAUCUUUAAUAUAUACACAAGAAACCAAGAAAAUCAAAAAUACGAAAAAUAAAAAAAACUCAACAGAUUAUAACAACAACAAUGUUACGUCAAAAGAUAUUAAGAUAAGAAAAAGUAAUAUUAUCGAAUUAAAUAAAUUAUUAAAAGAAAAUUUAAGGAUUGAACAGAAUUUACAAAAACAAAAAAAAGAUAAAAUAGACGAAGUUGAUGUGUAUGUUGAGGAGGAAGAAGAUAAUUAUGAAGAAAAAAAGGAUUAUCAACAAACAGGAAAAGAAAUAUCAAAUACUAAAAAUAUGGGAAAGGAGGAAGAAAAUUCAAGAAAAAAAAAAAACAAACAAAAAGAAAAGCAUAACGAAUGCAGAGAUGCUAAUGAUAAGGAACUAAGUGUACAACAAAGAAAUGAUCAAAAUAAUAUUAACGAACACUAUGAGGAAUUAUCAAAGGAUACCAAGAAAGAAAAAGGAAAAAAAAAAAAUAAAGAUAAUAAAAAUAACACAGAAAAUAAGGAUAACAAGGAUAAUAAAGAUAACAAGGAUAAUAAAAAUAACACAGAAAAUAAAGAUAACAAGGAUAAUAAAAAUAACAUAGAUAAUAAAAAUGAUAAAGAAAACAACAAUAACAAAGGUAACAAAGAAAACAACAAUAACAAAGGUAACAUAGAAAACAACAAUAACAAAGGUAACAAAGAAAACAACAAUAACAAGGCUAACACAGAUAAUAAAAAUAACAAAGAUAACAAGGAAAAGGAUAAAAGUAAUAUUACCAUAAUAGAAAAAAAUGCAUCGAAAGGCAAAAAAACAAAAAAUAAAAAAACUAGCCAAAAUAAAAAAAAUGACAUAUGUGACAAUAAAGAAAUUAUAAAUAUAAAUUAUAUAUCAGAACAAAAUAUAAAUGAAAAUCAUUAUUCAUUAAAGGAAAAAAAUAUGCAAAAUAAAAAAGAUGAAUAUAAUUAUAGCACCAUAGAGACAGACAAUAAUAAUAAUAAUGAUGAUAUUAAUUAUUAUAAUAAAAAUAUUACAAAGAAUAUUAUAAAUAAUGAUAUCAAACAAUUUGUCAAUAAAAAUUAUAUGGAGCAUAAUUAUGUUCAUAAUAAUACCUACAUAUAUAAUAAUAAUAAUAAUAUUAAUAAUAAUAAUAAUAAUAAUAAUAAUAAUAAUAGUGUUCCUUAUAAUUAUGAUAAUAGCAUCUUUACCUGUGAUAUAAAUGAUGAUCAAAAGAAUUAUAAAGAUGAAUUGAAAAAUGAAAUAUUGAAAACAAAUAAAAAAUUUGUUGUAAAUAAUAUUAGUUUUAAUAAAAAUAUAAAUAACCUAAAACUCUUGAAAGACUAUAAUUUGAAUGACAUAGUUAAUAAUUUUGAACAAUACAAAAGUAUGAAUAAACAUUUAGCAAAUGACAAUAAUAAUAAUAUUGAUGAUGAAAAUAUGCCAGGUAAUAUUAAUAGGGGGAAAAAAAAAAAUCAUAAUAAUAAUAAAUAUCACAAUGGUAAAGAUAAUCAUAUGUCUACUACAAGAGAGUAUAAUAUAAACAAUAAUAAUAAUAAUGAUAGUAUACAUAAUCCUUAUUUCCAAUAUACAGAAGAUUAUAAAAAUAUAAAUGAUGAUAUAGCAAAUAAUCAGGAUAAUAAAAAUGUUAAGAAUCAUCUUUUUAAUUAUAACAAUCAUAUGUAUAAAAAAUUUGUGUCUAAUCAAUAUUUGGAAAAUGUUCCUAAUGUACAUGUAACAAAUAAUCAAAAGAGUGAUUUCAAUAAUGCUUAUGGAAAUAUCUGUUCUUAUAAUUAUAAUGUAAAUAAAAAUAUAUUGAAUAACAAUAAAGUAACUAAUAAUAAUAGUCUCAAUUCUAAUAAUGUUAAUAUUAUGAAUUCAAUAAAUACCAUGAGUGUGAACGAUCAAAAUUAUAUAACGAAUAGAAAUUAUAAUAAUAUAUUGAGUAACACUAAUAUGAAUGUUUCUAAUAUACCUAGUGAAAAUAAUAAUAUAGGAGAACUUAAUAAAACGAAUAACAAUAUGAAUAUUCAAAAUAGCAUAUCAAAAGAAAAUAUACAUAACAUUAUGGAUAAUACUACUACUUAUACACAUCCUAAUUCAGUAUGUAAUUCUCAUUAUAUGAAUAAUACUGUAAUAUAUGAUACAAACCAUAUUAUGUGUAAUGAUAAGGUAUCUAAUAUGAAUAAGUGUAUGCCUAAUCAAAAUGUAGAUGUAUAUUCAUAUGGAUAUAUGCCCGACAACAUCCCUGUUAAUGUUGUAUAUAAUAAUUUUAACGACACACCUACAUAUUUCCCAAAUAAUAAUAAUAAUAAUAAUAUUAAUAUUAAUCAUGAUAUGGUUGAUACUAAUAUGGAAGAAAAACGACCAGGAGAUGUGGCACCUCACGCUAAUAAUCAUAUUCUUAAAUUUUCUUGUCAAGUUAAUAAUUCUUCAAAAAUGUUAAGCGACACGUUAAUCAAAACUAACAAAGGAAAGGUACAUUUGAAUUUAUUAACGGACGUAAAAUGCUCCACAAGGAAGAAUAUCAAUAAUAAUAAUAACAACGACAACAACAACAAUAAUGAUAAUAAUAAUAAUAAUAAUGAUGAAUGUCAUAUUAAUAUACAAAAGGAUGACACCAAAAUUGAUAAUGGUCAAAAAGAGGAUAAUAUUACUACAAAUAAUAAUAAUAGUAAUUGUAAUAGUGAAGGUAAGGAUAAUAGACAUGAUAAUAAAAAUAAUGAUAUAAAUAACAAUGAUAUAAAUAACAAUGAUAUAAAUAACAAUGAUAUAAAUAACAAUGAUAUAAAUAACAAUGAUAUAAAUAACAAUGAUAAGAAUUUGUUAAUACUAGAUAAAAAUAAAAAAAAAACCUCAAAUAAUAAAAAAAAUAUAUGUGAUAAAGACCCCCCAAACAAUAAAAAAAAUAUAUGUGAAAAAGACACCCAAAACAAUAAAAAAAAUACAUGUGAAAAAGACACCCAAAACAAUAAAAAAAAUACAUGUGAAAAAGACCCCCCAAACAAUAAAAAAAAUACAUGUGAAAAAGACCCUCCAAACAAUAAAAAAAAUAUAUGUGAAAAAGACCCUCCAAACAAUAAAAAAAAUAUAUGUGAAAAAGACCCCCUAAACAACAAUUCCAAUAGCAUAAAAAAGAAUGGACAACAUAUGAAGGAUGGUGAUAAUAAAUUAAAAAUCGAAGAGGUAGAAAAGAAACAAGAAAGCAACAAGGAAGAUAGUACUACAAAUAAAAUUACUAAGAACAAUUCAGUUAAUAAUAAAGAUAAUGAAAAUAUUGAUGUGGAUAAAACCUUAAAAGAAAAAAAUAAUUCAAUAACAUCCACUGAUGUAAUAGAAAAAUUUGAAUUAAAUAAAAAUGGUUUAUAUACAUCAAAAAAUAAAUGUGAGAAUAAAGAUGAGAUUAAAAGUAUAAAACUAAAUAACAGUUGUAAGAAUAAAAUGAAUGAAUUAUUAGAAAAGAAAAAAAAUAAAAAUAAAUAUUUGGCGGAAAUCAUAAGAUGUGAACUUAUAUGGGGACCAACAAAAAACAAAGAACCAAUAACACCAGUAGAAAGUUGUGAACUGCAUCCCGUUGUUAUUAUAAAAGAUCAAUAUGGACAUUUAUAUGAUGAUGAUGAAGAUAAUGAAAAUAAUCCUAUAGGUAAAACAGUAAAUAUUUUCUAUAGAUGGAGUAGAGGACCUCCAAGAACUGUUUGUUUUUUUCAUCCACAAAAAAUUGCAUGUUUACAAUGUACUGUAACGUUUAGAUGUUUUUGUUCCUAUGAAUGUUUUAUGAAAGGUUUUGAUCAUCUACAUAAAUAUUAUAAAAGUAAUGGAUCAAUUAAUAUUCCAUCACAUCCUAAUUUACAUACGUAUGGUGUUCCAUGUUCACCUUUUGAUUGGGAUAAUUACGAAAAAAAUAUCGAAUUCGAUGAAAAACAUUAUAAUUCCUUGAUACAAUCAGGAUUAUUAAAUGAACCAAAUAAAGAAAAAUGGGAAAUUAUAAAUAAUGAAAGAAAUUAUAUUCCUUGUCAAAAAGAUAUUGGACAUCAAAUUAUGUUAGAAACUAUGAUACUUGAUAAAAAUAGUAUCUCAUCUGGUAAUUUAAUUGAUUCAAAUAUAAAUCCCUUUGAUCAACAACAAAAUGAAUUAAAUGAGAGUAGUGAAUAUGAAUCUUCAUCUGAAGAUGAUGAUGCUUCACAGAAUAAUCAAAACAAAAUGUCUUCUGUAAAAUAUUCAGAUGUUCAACAAAAUGAAAUUAACCUUAUGAAUAAUCAAAUUCUUUUAAGAAGUUAUAAUGAAUCUCUAGACUUUAAUAAUAAUAAAAAUAUGUAUCUAUUCAAAAAUAAUAACAACAACAAUAAUGAUAAUAAUAGCAGCAACAAUAAUAAUAAUAAUAAUAAUAUUAAUAGUGGAACUCAUAAUGUUAAUAAUACAAACAUGGUCGUCCAUAUGAACAAUUCAACAACAAAUUUUUAUAACUUGUAUGACAUGGAUAAUAAUAAUAAUAAUAAUGUUGCAAAUUUUCAUUUGCAAAAUAGAGAAACAGAUUACUUACCCAUAAAUAAUACAUAUAAUACUCUUCCUAUCAGUAUCAACAAUAAAACAAACAAUGUGAAUAAUAUGAACAGUGUUAAUAAUAACCUGAAUAGUCAUUCCCAAUCCGUGGAUAUAAAAAAGUGCGAAGGAGGGGUCAUGUACUUUCCUGAAAAAAGCCUAGAUUAUUCGCGUAACAGUUACAAAUACAGUACGAAUAAUAUUACCAAAAUUAUUGAUAAAAGGAUAGACAAUUUUGAAAUGACCUAUAUGAACACAACACACGGAAAAAUAGAUAGUAACAAUAAUAAUAAUAAUAAUAAUAAUAAUAUAAAUGGAAGUAUUAUGAAUAAUCAUCAUUCCACAACUUUAGGAUCAUCAAACAAUGUGGGAAAUAUAAAUGAUAAAUAUGUAAAUAAUUUUAGUUAUUCAAUAGAUAAUAAUCAUAUAUAUGUAAAUAAUGAAAUACAUUUUAUGAACAAUAUGAAUAUUCCAUCAUCUCAACAAAAAAUAUAUAAUGAUAUAAGUAUAGAAUCAAGUAAAGAUUUAAAUAUUAGUUCCAACAAUUUGCUUACUCCAUAUACAAACAAUAUGAUUGACGGAAUAAAUAUUCAAAGUACUAAUGAGGCAAGAACAAUAAAUACUAAAAUGAUAUUAAUGAAUCCCUUAAUAAAUGCGGAUAAUAACAAAAUUGCUUAUAAGAAUAUGUUAAAUAAUAAAUACCUUAAUGUAUCAUCCAUAAGUAUUAAUGAUAAUAAUUAUAUGAAUGAGACUCAUAUGAAUAUAAAUGAUGAUAACAGAAAUAGUAUACUACCUGUACAAGAAAACAAUUUUUUAGUUAAACAAAAAAAAAAAAAAAAAAAAAAAAAAGAUAGCAAAACAAAUAAUAAAAAGAAGAAAAAGAAAAUAUAUGUUUUAGAUGAUAAAGUAUGGAAUAGUAUAAAAGAUCCAAAUAUAUAUCAUAAAAUAAUAACAGGUUGUUGUAUACCCAAUAUAACUGUUUUUCCGAAUUAUAAUAUAACUUGUUUUAAAAAUUAUAAUCAUACCAAUCCACAAAAUCAAUUUACUAUUAUGACUUGGAAUGUGUUAGCAGAAAUUUAUGGAACCAUUGAAGCUUUUCCACAUUGUGAUCCUUAUAUGUUAGCAUGGUCCUAUAGAAAAACAAAAAUAAUUCAGGAGAUCUUAAAUAAUAGUCCGGAUAUAGUAUGUUUGCAGGAAAUACAAAAUGAACACUUUUUGGACUUCUUCAAGCCGUCCCUUGGAGAGUUUGGGUAUGAAGGUGUUUACAAACAAAAAACGAAAGAAAUUUUCACGUCCCCUUCAGGAAAAAGGAGAGGAGGGAAAUAUACUAUAGAUGGAUGUGCAAUAUUUUAUAAUAAGAAGAAAUUAAAAUUUGUAGAAACAUAUGCAUUAGAAUUUAGUAAAUUAAUAAAAGAAGCUUCUGUUUUAACAUUACCAAAAGAAAUUCAAAAGAAUCCUUCGUUAGUUAAGAGAUUAUUAAAGGAUAAUGUAGCAUUAGUUAUAUUAUUAGAAUGUAUCCAGCAAUACUCGAAAAUAUAUGAUAAAUCAGAAGAAAAACAAAAUAAGAAAUUACUAAUAGUUGCAAAUACACAUAUUGUAGCAAAUCCUGAAGCUAAUUAUGUAAAAAUAUGGCAAACUCAAAUAUUAGUUAAAGUAAUCGAAUAUUUAAAAAUAAAUUUUAUUAAGAAAUAUGAAACAAUACCAAGUUUAAUUAUAUGUGGAGAUUUUAAUAGUACUCCUUCAAGUGCUGUAUAUCAAUUAAUAUACAAAAAAACUUGUAGUAGAACCCAUGAAGACUUUAACUCGGAUAAAUAUAGUUUAUUAACAGAUUUAAAAUUAGGUCAUAAUUUGAAUUUGAAAUCAGCAUAUGCUAUAUCCAAAUUAUUAUCACAAAAAUUAAAUCCUGAAGAAUAUAAUAAUUUAGAGUUAUAUGAACCAUUAUUUACUAAUUAUACAAGUAAUUUUAUUGGAUGUUUAGAUUAUAUAUUCUAUAAUGAUGAAAAUCUUAAUAUUAUUUCUACCGUAAAUGUAGCAGAUGAAAAUCAAUUAAUACAAGAAGCGCAAAUGUAUCAACUUUCGGACUGUGCUCUACCAAGCCCUAUAAGACCAUCUGACCAUCUACCAUUAAUAGCACAAUUUGAGUUCAAAGUAUUUUGA